GGAUCUGGUCGUCAUAUGACCUGACCCAUCUGAUAAAGGUGACGCUCGCGCCCCAUUUGUCCAAGGUACUGUUGAUACGCAUACCAUGACUCGACAUGAUACAGAGAAUACGCAGCUUAUAUAUGACUAUUCUGCGCCACGAACAAUGUCAUCGAACAUUAACGAAAUGCAAAAAGCCUAUCUCCACCCAUUUCUCGCCACGCCGUCCGUGCCACUAAUGUGCGACUUGCGAUUCCCACCUACAUCUCUCACUUUUCCAUCGACGUCUCCAUACGCAGGCUGCGGGUAUGAGCUACUAUUCGUCCCGCUUACCCCGGAAAGGCCUAAACAGAUCCGGCUCAUCAGCCCAAACUUUCCCUGGGCAUUUGACAUUGGCCCUGACCCCAGUGCCGGAGAAGAGGGUGUGACGUGUCUUGGCGUUCUCGUUACGCUGCACGCUGAAUUGCAGCGUCCACUCACGGAUACAGAGUGGGGCACUGCUGGACAUGACAGACGUGCGAGUCUUAUCAGAGCACGUGAUCGUCGCUCAAUGACACAACCUGCAUUGCAGGGGAGCUCGAAUUCUGCAGCACGCACCAGGCCAACGGUGAGAUCUGUACCCGGCGCAUCAGCACUAAAUAAUAGGCCCGUGCAACGAGAGAGGAUAUUGCUCCGUAUCGAUUGGCUUGGAUCUCGUGUUGCGUUCGCGGGGCUUAUCAAGGAUGAAGCAUUUGCAAGGAGCAGACUUAUUCCGGGUGGUGGGGAGCCACCUGAGACUUGGGUGGUAAAGUUCAAGAGGUUAUAAUUUUGAUUAUAAAUAUCUGGAGAAAAUGUACAAACAUCUUACUGGCGAUUUGUAUCGAUGAUGUCAAGUCCAAGCUUAACUCGUGUCGCGUCAGCUCGCUAACGACACAUUGGAGUUUGCCUUCAUUGAUAUCGAUGAAAGCAAGGAGAGCAAACUUAAAGUGCUUCUGCGCAAGAUCCAUGCAUUGUUUGUCUCUCAUUUACAUG